GCAGUCAGCCAGUGGACCGGCGUCUGCGUGCUCAAGAGUGCUCAAGGGUCGGGGCUCUGUACCGUCACGAAGGGGGGUGUUUAUUUGUAGCUGCAGCGAGCGAUACGGCUCGAUCAAACUGGCGCUUCCUUCCACCUCAUCGUCGACAUGGCUUCAUCCGACAUUUUGUAUGGCUUUGACAAUCACCCCCGCACCGAAGUGGUGUUGGUGGCGGCCAAGUUUGCCCAAAAGGAGGUGGAACUACGCAGCAAGCACCCGGAAUUCGACUUUCCCGCCGCCCUGCAUACCCCAGAGUUUCAACAACGGUUCCCGCUGCAAACGGUGCCAGCGCUGGUGACUGAACAUGGCGAGCCGAUCUUUGGAGAGUUGGCCAUUGCCACCUACUAUGCUGCUCUCAACAACAAGUGCCUGUUGCCCGAGCGGGCGUAUGACCAAGGCCUUGUCCAGCAAUUUUUGACACUCACACAACUCGAGCUCUUUCCAGCGCUCUCGGCCUGGAUGUUUCCAAUUCAGGGCUACCUGCCUUAUGAUGCAGAGGACGUGGCCCGCAGCCGCGGCGAGGCCGACCGGAUACUCAAGUAUCUCAAUGAUCUUUUGAGCGAGCGGACCUUCCUCUGUGCCAACCGCAUGACCUUGGCCGACGUUGUCAUCGGCUGUCACCUUCGUCCUCUCUUCCAACAGUUUUUGGAUGCAUCGGCCCGUGCAUCGCUGGCGCACUUGACUGCCUGGUUUGAGCGUCUGAUCGCCCGCCCUGAGUUCCAGGACGUCGUCGGCGCGGUCACUUUUUGCGAAACUCCACUCGCCUAUGACGAUAACCGCGCGAGCGAGCUGCAGGAACAACCUGAUGCUUCGCCGGUUAUGAUUCUGGCCACCAAUGAGCUUCAGCUUGAGACCUGGUCUCAUGAUCAACAAAUCGACCUGUUGGGGCACCACCCUGCCCGCAACUGGCAUUUUCCGCACUUUUUAUCAGAUGUCUUUUGGCUCUUCAACCUCGAAGCGCUCAUGACGGAGGCUUCACAAGACCAUGCAAUUCACUACUCGUGUCAAAAAGGGAACGAUAACGCGCCGUGUACUGCGGCAACACGAACGCUCAUGAUGCUGAACCUUGGUGUGAACCUUUGCAAAACCGGACGGCGCGACGCUGCACUCCACGUGCUCUUGGUAGAACGAGCCAAUGCAGACGGGCGCGCUUUCGUGAAUGGAGACCGUUUGGCAGCCAAUCUCUACUCAAGCCUGGCGGAUGCCACUAUGCGGCAGGAUGUCCGCAUUGAUCGCGUCAAUUUUGACAACAUGACUAUCGAUGCGCAACAAGCAGCCGUGCAGGCUAGCGGUCAGACUAGUGAUCCACCUCGGCUACUAGAAGACCUGCUUCCCCCAGGUCGAGCUUGCUUCUACUGA